AUGUUCAAGAAGUUGCUGAAGGGUCUCGAUUCGGCACCUCCAACGCCCAAGAUCGGCAGGAUUGAGCUGCCUGAGCUGGGGGAGGGGGAUGUAUUUUACUUUUCCAAGGCUGAGGGGUCAGCAAUCGUCGACUGGUCUUCGGACAGCGAAGGCUCAUCGUCGCCGCGCUCACCUAUCCUAGCCUGGCAUAGACCGUCUACGCCUCAACCGGAGGGUCCCCUCAAGUCGCGGCGCAAGCACUCCACGCCUGUUACGGAGUCUCCACUGAAUCCUCGACGCGGAUCGGCUUCGUCGUAUCAUGCGGAUAUACGGAGGGCGCCGAGUAGGUCGACCACACCUAUGGUCGAGCCGAAGUCGAAUGGCAGCAGGUCGUCGACCCCACAGCCGGGUUCCUCAAAGGCUGCCGCAGGGCUCGCGUCGCCCGUGCCCGUCAAAGCCGCGCGUAAAGGGAUACUGAAACCCUCGCCGCCCCCCAAGCCAGUCACGCUCCACUGGCAGUUGCUGCCAUACGAACCUGGGCGGUCGAAGAAGUUGAUUUAUUUCAACGUCGCGUAUCCGCCUGGUCUUGUCCGCGACCAUACGCGUAUGCCGCCGGUGUCGCUCCACCAGUCCGAGAUGGAGAAGCAGGCGGCUGAGAUUCCCCUCGGCGAGAUGCAAAUACGCUGCUCACAGCUCCCACAUUGGGAUGUCAUUGUUUCUCCCGUGGGCCCUGGAGGCGUACGGUGCAUCGACGUGUACCGUGCGAUCUACGAGACGUUUCAGAAGGAGCUGUCUGAGACGGAGAGGGACCACUACAUACCUCACGGCCGUCGCCAACACUGCGAGGCGGCCUGGCGCAAACGAUGCAAAGAGGCGCCCGGGUUGCCUGAGGUAAACCUGAAGAAGGGCAUGUGUCGCAUCGAUCUACUCGAGGGACGAACGAUUUUCAUGGGGCUCAGGCGGCCGGUGCCGACGGAUGACAAGCCGGAUCGAGUCUGGGUGCUGGAGCUUGGGUUUCCGAAGGAAGAGCGCCGCUGA